CGAGAAAUGGCAUCGGCGAAGAAAAAGUCGCCCUUAUGGGAAUACUUUGACAUAAACAGUGAAAAUAAUAAGUUAGCUGUUUGUUUAUUAUGCAAUGUUAAUAUUUCACGUGGCGGUGAAGGCAAAAAAGCAGGUACUUCUGCUAUGAAAAAUCAUUUAAAAUCAAAACAUCCAGAUGAAUUUCGUGCAGUGAAUAAAGAAAAGGCCGCUGUCGAGCCUACUACAAUUUCUUUAGCCAUUGCGGGGACAAGUUCGUCGUCAUUUGCAAAAAAGCAAUUGACUAUGACAGAAUCUUUCGAAAGGAAAUUGCUCUGGGAUAUAAAUGAUGCUAAAGCCAAAAAGUACCAUUAUUUAGUAGCCGAAAUGAUUGCACUUGACAACGAGCCAUUGUCCAUAGUGGAAAGAACCGGAUUUACCAGACUCUUAGAACAAGCUUUACCCGGCUAUAAAUUGCCAAGCCGGACUUAUAUUAGCCAAAAAAUCGUUCCUGAUAUAUAUGACAGAAUUUACGAGAAAAUCAAACUUAACAUUUCGAGUGCCUUCGCUAUUUCAGUGACUUCUGACAUAUGGACUUGCUUACACAAUAAUGAUAGCUUUCUGAGCUUCACAGCUCAUUGGAUAUCAUCUGAAUUUAAACUAGAACACGGAGUUCUGGCAAUGAAGCCUUUCUCAGGGUCGCAC